GAUAUAAAGGCAGAAGAUACAGAGGGAGAAGAAGAGACGUAUGUGACUGAUAUAAAGGCAGAAGAUACAGAGGGAGAAGAAGAGACGUAUGUGACUGAUAUAAAGGCAGAAGAUAUAGAGGGAGAAGAAGAGACGUAUGUGACUGAUAUGAAGGCAGAAGAUAUAGAGGGAGAAGAAGAGACGUAUGUGAGGGGUGAUCAGCAGUGUAAGGAGAAGGAGAUCCCUACAGAUAUCAGCACAGAUGGACACACAAGCAGGAACAUCUCAGAAGGACAUCUAAUGUUAUCCCCGGAUUGUGACAUAAAAGAUAAUGACAGUAGACAGGAUUCUCCGGGAGAUAACCCCAUUACCCCAAUUAUACAUCCAACUAUAUCAGCUGAUCUCUCUGAUCCUGGGAAAUGUUCUCCUGAUCACUCUGAUAUUGGUGCAUCUGUUACAGCUCUGAGAGUAGAUACAGUGUUUCCCUGUUCUGUAGAUGCCAAAUGUUUUACACAGAACACAAAGCUUAUUAACCAACAGACAGGUAAGGCAGGUGAGAGGCCACUGAUAUGCUCUGAGUGUGGGAAAUGUUUUACGCACAAAUCACAUCUUGUUAUACAUCAGAAACGUCACACAGGCGAGAAGCCAAUUUCUUGUUCUGAGUGUGGGAAAUGUUUUGCGCAGAAAUCACAUCUUGUUAUACACCAGAGAAGUCACACAGGUGAGAAGCCAUUUUUCUGCUCUGAGUGUGGGAAAUGUUUUGCACGGAAAUCAGAUCUUGUUAGACAUCAGAGAAGUCAUACAGGUGAGAAUCCAUUUUCUUGCUCUGAGUGUGGGAAAUGUUUUGCACUCAAAUCAGAUCUUGUUAGACAUCAGAGAAGUCACACAGGUGAGAAGCCAUUUUCUUGCUCUGAGUGUGGGAAAUGUUUUGCACGGAAAUCAGAUCUUGUUAUACAUCAGAGAAGUCACACAGGUGAGAAUCCAUUUCCAUGUUCUGAGUGUGGGAAAUGUUUUGCAAUCAAAUCAGAUCUUGUUAGACAUCAGAGAAGUCACACAGGUGAGAAGCCAUUUUCUUGCUCUGAGUGUGGGAAAUUUUUUGCACAGAAAUCAAAUCUUAUUAAUCAUGAGAGAAGUCACACAGGUGAGAGGCCAUUUUCUUGCACUGAGUGUGGGAAAUGUUUUGCACGGAAAUCAGUUCUUUUAAGACAUCAGCAAACUCACACAGGUGAGAAGCCAUUUUCUUGCACUGAGUGUGGGAAAUGUUUUGCACAGAAAUCACAUCUUAUUCAUCAUGAGAGAAGUCACACAGGUGAGAAGCCAUUUUCUUGCUCUGAGAAAUAAAUCAUCUCAUGUUGCACACAAUAGACAUCACUCAUAAUAAACUUACCUGACCCUUGCCUGGAAACGUCCAUGUAUGAAGGUAUGGGAGAUACCUGCUGCAGUCCCUUCUACUUACAUUUGGGAGGUACGGUUGUUUUGUGGGAAGUACAGCAAAUAGUAAAUGAUACAUUGGCUCCAUAACGUCUCGCUGACCCUCUGAUUUUUACAAAGGCAUGUUACACAAAAUGACAUUUGCAUUAACAACCAUUAAUUAAACAAAAACACAACGCAAUUUUUCCCCAAAAAACUUUAUCUAUAAAAAAAAUAUAUAAAAAAAUUGCCAAUUCUGGUCUUCCUUCAUUGACUCUAUCAGGAGAACAAGAGCCUUUUUUGCAAGGACUGUGCCAACAGUAGCCAGUAGAGGAAUCAGGCGUAUCCCACAGAAUAUCUUUGCUACCACCAUACAUUGGGGAGAGAAGAUAAAGUGCAGAUUUCUGAACAUUGCUUUUAGAAAGAACUUAAGAAGUGCAUAGAUCACAAUGAUCACAAGUCCGGGACAAUGAGGUCAAGAAACCAACGCUGGGGUACUAAUCACCUCAAUACAGGACACUUGGAGCAAGAGACUAGGGUAAGGGCAACAACAAUUUUUGAAACAACUAAAAAACCAGUUUGAAAAAAAUCUAAUAAUUUAAAAAAUGAGUAUCGUCCAGUACAGAGGACUGUGUACUCAGCAUGUCUAAAUACGUACCACUGGACGACGCGCUGGAGUGGGAGGAGGGGGUGGGCUGUGUGGGUCCUGGCUGAAAACAGCUCGAUUGUUGAGGGUUUCCUGGUGCAUACUGCAUGGGUUGGUGAUGUGGGUAGGUGGGUGGGGUCACAUUUGGGGGACAGCAUCUGGCAGGUGGUGUUAUCUCACAUGCCUUGACAAGACACUCAUCAUUUGCAUGUCAGAUAGCAUCAAGUACCAGAUGCUUGUAGAUCUUCUUUUGACCCUCAUUCAUCAGUCGCAUCUCCGCCGCGAUGUAAUUGCCAAGUUUGCUCCAGUCCAGGGCCCUAUUAAGAACCUCCUCAACGUGAGUAAACAACUGUUGUGAUCUGGGCGGGGCAGAAGUUGGUUUCCAGAUGAACUCCGCUGUUUCAGGGGUCGUGGCUGUGGGGUUGGGUUGUCCACUUCAGUUGCCUCACUCAUGGUAGACUCCACUUCCAACUCCGGUGUAAUAUCCUGCAAUAUAAAACAAAACUGAACUCCAUGUAAAAAUGUGUGUGUACAAUACAAUACAAAUGUGUGUGUAUUUACCAGAUCCAGACUCUCCGAUGUCUCCUCUUCCACAAGAGUGGGAGAAUCCGGAUCCAGAUUACACUGUGACCUUAUCCUUGGCUCUUGCUCCAAAGUGAUUUUCAUGAGGUCAUAAAACCACAGCGUUGGCUUGUAAACCUCAUCCGUCCCGUCUCCUGAACGUUGUGAAUACAUGUACUUCUUGUGCUCCUAUAAAAACACUGUUAGCUGUUCCUGUCUCUAUUGUAUCUGAUCAGCUGGUCAUAUGCCCGAUUCCUCUGUGUCCUGUUGGCAUAGUCCACGCUUAUCACACGGCACAGGAACUCGUUCUCGUGAUACAAUUCAAUGAAUUCAGACCAGAAUUUGUGAUUUUCCUCUGCUGACACAUCUGUGGGAAAAAUAUUAUACACAAUUUAUCUACAAAGUACAAGUGUAAUGUACACACCUAUGUCAUACAACCUGUAUAGUAACGCACAAAUAGCAACUUCAUUUAUGAGCACCCAGCUGAAAAUAGAAACCCAUCUCCAGCACCGUUACACAUUAUUACACACUGUUAUGCCCAUUACAUCUAAUGCUACACACCGUAAUGCUCAUUACACAUUAUUACACACCGUAAUGCCCAUUACACCUAAUGCUACACACUGUUAUGCCCAUUACACAUUAUUACACACCGUAAUGCCCAUUACACCUAAUGCUACACACCGUUAUGCCCAUUACACAUUAUUAUACAUCCGUUACACAUUAUUACACAGUGUAAUGCCCAUUACACAUUAUUAUACAUCCGUUACACAUUAUUACACAGCGUAAUGCCCAUUGCACAUUAUUACACAGUGUAAUGCCCAUUGCACAGUAUUACACAUCCGUAAUACCAUUAACAUAUUAUGCUGCAAACCGUUAUGCCCAUUACACAUUAUUACACACCUAUGCCCAUUAUACAUUAUUAUUAUUGCGCUACUUGUAAUCGGUCUACCUCAUUCAGUGGGAUAACAGCAGAUGUCAUUUUUUUUUUUACAUUUUUUUUUUUUUCAAUUUACAUGAACAAAAUAAGACAUAAAAGACAAAGUCAUAUUAGAAAAAUUUAGCACGACCGACACAUGAUUUACAUCUAGCAUAGAAAUUUCCAAAAUAAAGGGAAAACAUCUUUUCCAGAAGUGUGUUGUAUAUAGCAAUAAGCUCUCAUUAGGGGUUAAACUAAAUAGGCAUAGUGAUACUGUAUUUUUCAGCCGGCAGUACGCCUUUGACGUAUUUAUCGUACAGAUUCUGUAUAACAGUAAAAAUAUAUAGACAAACUAACAAAGAACAUAAGAAGGAAAGAAAGAAAGAAUAGAGAGGGGGGAUUUGAGGGGGUUGGAUGAGGGGUAGUUUGGGGUUUGUCUCCUAAAUCUGCCAGGAUCCAUCGAUAUAUCGUAACUGACUUAACUUCAAACUAUUCAGCAAUUGUAUUGAUUCAGUAAAUACUUAAAGGGGGAGCAGCUAUCCACCUAAACAUCUCAGAAAUACUUGUGACCUAUAGCUAAGGUUAUCUAGACGUAUCUAGGGAGACAUAGAUGUGGGCUUGCAUCUCCAUUGUUUCAGCAAAUACUUAAAGGGGGAGCAGCUAUCCACCUGAAACAUCUCAGAAAUACUUGUGACCUAUAGCUAAGGUUAUCUAGACGUAUCUAGGGAGACAUAGAUGUAGGCUUGCAUCUCUAUUGAUUUUGAUGAAAUGAAAACUCCCCACUUCCGGAGAAAGUUCAAAUCUUUCUCCGGGUUGUCUUGAGUCGUCUCAUAUCGAUCAUAAUACAUAUACCUCAUAAGGAGAUCAUCUACCUCUCUCAGUGAUGGAGUGUGACUAGAGAUCCAAGAAUUCAUAAUCACUUUUUUUGCCACUGUCACAAGGUUCAUCAGAAAAGGAAUCGAGAGUUAGACACCCCCAAUUUCCAAUUGUCAAAUGAUCGAAAAGUAGGGGACUAGGGUCCAAAUUUACAUGUAGUGCUAGAGUGGAGUUUAUAUAAGAAACUACUUUAUACCAAAACUUUUUAAUUUUUCUGCAGUUCCAUAUAUUAUGAAAUAUUGUCGCUGAGGGAGCACCACACUUUGGACAUCGUCCAGAUACGUCCUCCAUGUAGUGCUUUCUCUGACCUUGGGCCACAUAUGCUCUAAAAAGCAUUUUGACAUGAACCUCCUGUAAGACGGAGGCUCUUAGUGUCCUAAGGGUUCUGUCAUAAUAUUUAAAUAAGGUAUUGUCCUUUAAUAAAGAUGGUAUAUCCUUAAACCAGGGCUUCCGAAAAUGAUCAAUUCAUUUGGGUGUGUUGGUUUUCAUUAGUAUCCCAUACAGUAUUCUGGUUUUAUACUUUUUUUCUGAAAACCUAGAGAGGACAUGGUUUAAAGGGUCUAAAGUCAAUUCUGUCACAGAGCUAGAGGGUAUAGACAUGGUGAAUUGUGUGACUUGCAUCAGGGAAAAUAGGCUACUACUAUGAAGAUUAAAUUCACAUUGUAAAACCCUAUAAGAUUUUAUAUUACCUCCAGGGUCAAACACUUGCGAUACGUCUCGAAGCUCCUUCGAGCUCAGUCUCAAACAGGCCAAGUUCUCCAUUCCUGGUGUAAAGGAGGGGUUACCCCAAAUGGGUAUCCACUCCCUUCUGGUCGUAUUUCUAUGCAAUGUGACGUUCACUGCGCCCCAUGCUUCAUCUAUAGCAGGUUAGUACUAAUAUGUUUAGGAAGAAGACGUCUCUGGGUAAGUAGAAGAGCUCCCGGAGAGUAUGGAUAAAAGUAACCUCGUUCUAGUUCAUAAUCCGUGAACAAGCUACCCUCUGUCAGCCAAUCUAGUGCGAAUCUAACUAAAAGUGCUCUGGAGUAAUGCGGAAGAUCCAGUAAGCCCAAUCCUCCAUUUGAUUUUGGGCAUCUCAUUUUCCAUGAGGCAAUUCUAGGUUUCUUAGAUUUCCAAAUACAUUUGGAGCAAAUCUUAUCAAUAUGUUUAAUGUCUUUCUUAGUCAAUUUAAGUGGCAGCAUUUGCAUUGGGUACAUCAGUUUGGGUAGGAGAAUAGACUUGACCACCUCCAACCUGCCUAACAAUGAAAAGGUAAAUCGUGCCACUGUUCCAAAGAUUUUUCCAUUUUUGAAAUGACGGAGCUAAAAGUCAAAGUAUAUAUCACAGCUAAAUUGUUAGAUAUGAGGAUACAUAUGGAGAAAGAGAGAGAGGCUGUAUUGUCGAUGCACAAAGAAGGGAGUAACCUGGUUGUCACACCCGUCUGAAAAAUUCCUAAAAUAUAACUUUUAUUCAUAUAAGGUUUAAAAUAGUGUGACAAUAACUAACACACAAACUAUGAGUGUAGACGAAACAUAGAGGUUAAAAUCAAGACAUAUACAACAUAUACCACAAGUGCAAUAAAGAUAAUAAAUGUGAUUAAAGAUUAAAA